AUGGUUUCAAAACCCAAGCGAGUUGCUACUGCAGAAGCAAGAAAGGCGGCUGCACGCAUGCGAGCAGCCGGAGAGAGUACUUCUCACACCUCAGUAGCAGGUGAUUCGUCGCUUGCUGCUGUGAACAGUCCACGUGGUGAGUCACCACGUGCAACAAGUGCAUCCGCUGCAUCUGCAGCGGGUACCGCGAAUCGUAAUCAGGAUGAGUCUGAAAUAGAGCUCAUCUAUUCUGGCGAGUCGGAUGAUGUAUCCGACUCGAAGGUGACUCCUCACGCCUCCGGAUCACCCAAGGCAAACAAUGCAAGAGCAAGCUUGACUGGCUCUGGUCAACGCGGCGGUAUCAUGUCCGAGAUCUUCGGAUCGAGCGAUUAUUCUGACUAA